AAGGUCUGUUCUUCUUCUUUAAUAGCACAAUGAAUCUUCCUGUCAUUCUGUCAUUGUUGGGUAUCUUUCCAUUAAUGGCCAAAUCAGAAGUAAGUGCUCAAGGGCGAAACGUGCAGUAUUGCUCAAUAAACCACCACCACGAAAUUGGGAGCAUAGGAGUGGUCGUUGAUCAGAGUUCUCGUGUAGGUAAGGAGCAAAAAAUAGGCGUGGAGAUGGCAGUCCACGACUUCAAUCGGGAGUCACAUUGUUCAAAGGUGGAUUUGCAUAUUCAAGAUUCACAAGGGAACUCAGCUCGAGCAGCUUCUGCUGUAACAGAGGUUGUGAACAAGAAACAAGCGCGUGUCAUUAUCGGAUCGCUUACGUUGCAAGAAGCCACUCUGCUAUGGGAACUGGACAAAGUUCCCAAACACAUCCCCAUCAUUUCCACGGCUCAAAUGUCUACCUCUCUUCCACUGUUACCGUCUGAUCGAUCUUUACCUUUCAUCGGGAUGAGCACCGACAUUAAUAUCCAGAUGCAAUGCAUUGCGGCUAUAGUUGGCCAUUUCCGGUGGAGAAAGGUGAUAGCAAUUUACGAGCAUAGCAACAGCUUUUCUGCGGAUACUGGGCUUGUCACGCACCUCUCCGACUCGCUCCGAGCCAUUGAGUCUGUUGUCGAACAUCACAUGGCAUUCCAUCCGGUGGGUUCAGAGCCAAACCCUAAAGAAUUCAUCGAAGAACAGUUAAGGAAGCUGAAGGGCAAGAGCGUUAAAGUCUUUACAGUGCUGCAGUCCUCUUUGGAAUUUGCUAUGGUUCUUUUCGAGAAGGCUAAAGAAUUGGGCAUGCUGGACAGGGGUUAUGUAUGGAUCGUUUCAGAUGAUGUUGCAAGCCUUCUUGACUCUGUUAAGUCGUCCUUUAUACUCGAGUAUAUGCAAGGCAUAAUUGGAUUAAAGACAACUUAUUCUGAAACUAGCCAUUCGUUCCAAGCAUUCGAGCGACGGUUUAGAAGAAAGUAUAGAUCAGAAUAUCCUGAAGAAGAAAAAUUUUCCAGUCCAAGCAUAUACGCUCUUCGAGCUUAUGAUUCAACAUUGGCCGUCGCCAUGGCAUUACAAAAUGUGAAAGGAAAGGUAAAUUCCAGUGGCUUAGUGGAUUCGAUUUUGUCCUGUAAUUUUGAUGGUCUUGCUGGAAAAAUAAGCUUCAAGAAUGGUGCGUUAUUGCAAAAUCCCGUGUAUCAGGUAGUAAAUGUGAUAGGAAAAAGCUAUAGGCCAGUAGCAUUAUGGUCACCGGAAUUUGGCUUUUCAAAGGCCCCGAUUGAACACGAUGGCAUGGUAACGAAUUCUGGCAAUGGCUUACGGGAAGAUUUGGGUCAAAUUUACUGGCCAGGUGCUGAGCUGAAAGUCCCAAAGGGAUGGACAUUGGGAGAGAGUGGAAAACCCUUGAGGAUAGGAGUCCCCGCCAAUGGUGCUUUUCAUUAUUUUGUCAAUGUUACUUUUGAGCAAAGCCGAAAUGAAACUGCUAUUACCGGGUUUUCGAUCCAAGUAUUUGAAGCUGCAGUCAGCCACCUACCUUACCACCUGCCCCAUGUUUUAGUCCCCCAUUAUGGAUCGUAUGACCAAUUGGUGUCUGAAGUUCACAACAAGAACUUAGAUGCAGCGGUGGGUGAUAUCGGGAUAGUGGUGGACCGCUACAAGAUUGCCGAUUUUACACAGCCCUACCUGGAAACUGGAGUUGUCAUGGUAGUCACUGUAAAACCAGACGUCACAAAGACAAGGCUUAUGGUUUUAAAAGCAUUUGCAUUGAAAAUGUGGAUACUCUUAGCAGCCUUGAGCGUGUUUACUGGUGCUGUCAUUUGGUUAAAUGAACAUGCAAAUAACAAUCCAGAAUUCAGAGGUCCAUUCCCUCAAAACAUCGGGGCCAUGCUUUGGUUUUCUGUUACCAUUCUAUCAUUUGCUCAGAGAGAAUCUAUCAGAAGCAAUUUGUCACGGCUGGUGCUAGCGACAUGGUUGUUUGUGACAGUAGUUGUGACGACAUGUUUUACUGCAGCUGUUACUUCAUGGAUGACUGUUCCAAAGAUUGAACCAUCUAUAGUGGAUAUCGAUUAUCUAUUAGGGACAGAUGCACCUGUUGGAUGCAAUAACAAUUCCUACAUCGGUCGUUUCUUAACAAAUGUUUUGCAUUUCAAGCCUGAAAACGUCAGGCGAAUUGGCUCCAUUAGCGAUUACCCUGAAGCUUUCCAGAGGGGAACCAUCAAAGCAGCUUUCUUGGCAGCCCCACAUGCCAAAGUCUUCCUUGCGAAGUAUUGCAAAGGCUAUACCGAAGCAGGGUCCAAAUUCAAACUUGGUAGCUUUGGAUUUGUCUUCCAAAAGGGUUCUCCUUUGGCUGAUGAUAUUUCGGGGGCUAUUCUAAAGAUAACAUUGACAGGAACGAUCGAUCAAAUGGAAAAACGCAUGCUUUCAUCUCUAAACUGCUCUUCAUCAGCGGGGGAAGAUAAUCAAGGCCCUAGUAAAAUAGGCACCGAACCUUUCUUUUUUCUUUUCCUAGUAUCAGGCAGCCUUCUUGUGGUUGCAUUUGUGAAUGCAGUUGCACGUCUACUGGAAAGGCAUUGCUCGAUUUUUGACUGUAUACAAGCAUCAUUGAUAAACAGAAGAGCGGGUAGAUGGGCAUUAUUGCUUCUUACUAGAUGCUUCACAAAAUUUGGAACAAGAAAUUUAAGGGUUCCUAUCAUGCACAGACAUUCAAGAAUUUGAGACAAAUCUGGAGCCUGAUAUUUGUCAUGAUCUAAAACCUUGUUAUUAAAGAAUAUAUAGGUUUUUGUACAUGGUCGUCAUAAAUUAUAAGCCAGCUUUGCUCCUGCCAGAUUUCAAUCA